UUUUCAAUGACCCAGUUCCAAUCUCUAGUCGUAUUCUGCUAAAGAAGUUUAUGUCUACGAUGGCGUAUAUAGAACUUGAAAAACCUCUUCUUCAAGUCGGUGAGAAGAAACCGUCCUGGAAUGCAUGAUGCUGAGGUGAUUGCUUUGUUACCUGACGUUGAGCUCCAGGAGACGUUGAACAGGGGGAGAGGACGUGAGGGAAAAGUGUUCAUUUGUCCUGAGCGCAGUUGCAAACAUCACGACCCGAAACAAGCUUUGGGCGAUAUCACAGCAAUAAAGAAACACUACGCCAGAAAACACGGCCUAGAGAAGAAUUGGAAGUGUCCAAAAUGCCUCAAGAAAUACGCAGAGGAGACCGACGCAAAAGAACACCUCUUUGUGGGUGAGAGAGGAAUAAAAAGAUGUGUAAAUUAUAGCGUGUAAAAUUAGGGUUUUCAUUGGUGUUAUUUUUUAUUUCCAACUAAUUAUGUGUUUGGUUGUGAUUUUGAACAUUAAUGAAAUAAUUUGGUACCUUGA